AUCGAUCGAGGAAGCAAGCAGCUGCACCCAAACCCUAGCCGAUGCCCCCUCCUCCUCCUCCUCCGGAUUCUUGCGGCGUGCGACGUGCCGGUGCCAUGGCGCUGCGCUCUCCCUCCAGCACUUCGCGGCGGAAUCUGGGACCCCCUUAUUCGCCGCCGGCGGACUCUCUGACUCCCACCUCUCAGCUUACCAGGGUGGAUCCAGCAAUGGAGCCAGAGCUGAUGUUGCUAGGAAGACGAAGCAGGAGGCUAGCUGAUCAUUUGUUUGCAAAAUUAGAAAAGGAGGGACUGGAGAUAGAUGGCAAGAUAACUAGUAUUAUUGGUGAUGGGAUAGGUAGAAUCCAAGCUGAUGCUGCGAGGGAGCACAUGAAUGGACCAAAAUGGAAGAGGAUUAGACGGCUGCUCGCUAUUGCAUCUGCUGCUGUUGGUUUCGUCGUGGGUGUGAAAUAUGAAAUGAAUAGGUACCAAAAGGAAUUUGCCAAGAGUAGGGGACAGAUCUUUUGGCAGCUUAAAAUAUAAACUGCAUCCUCCCUAGCUUUUCUCAUAAGCCGCCUCUCUUAUUGGUUGGGGCUUUUAAAAUAGUUAUGGGAUAAAUAGUUUAGAAGUCUCAACAAAUUUAGGGACGGUUUAUUUAUUAAUCUGCAGAGAGGUAGCUUAUUUUUUAAGCUGCCCAAAAGAACUGGUCCAAGCUUGUGGGUGCACUCUGUUUAUGGUAUGUAAAACCAAGUGGUCAAUCUUAGGAAACUACUGUUGGCUAA